CCUACUCCUCCUGCUGGUGCUACACUUGGAAACCUUGGCAGGCACGGAAGACAAGAUAGUCAAGUCUAAACACUCUGACUCCUGGCCCUGCCUGCUUCAUCACCGUGCCCAGGACCCCAAGAGAGCAGAACCCCUGGGGUCCAGGAAGCAGCCAACGGAGGGUGGAGAAUAGUAAGAGUCAGGGACCUGGGUUCUAGUCUCGCCUCUGCCGCUCCAUAACCCGCCACCCCAUAGCCGUGUGAUCCCGGCUGUCUUGCCUCAAUUUCCUGCCCGAGGUCUUGAGGGAUGCCCAGGAAACAGAUCGCUUGAUUUUGAAAGCAGGCUGCACCAAUGCACUCCGGUGCGAUCUGGGCCUCGCUUUUCCCCUCUCCGGGGCACUGGUCUAAGGGGUGACCGAGAAGAGCCGUGAGCUAACCCCUUGGCACACAGCAAGUGCUCGGCAGAUGCCAACACCACGGCCUCCCGUCCUGUCCAGGUACAGCCUCCAGCUGCCCACCGCACCUUGCAGGGGGGCAGGGCGGUCUCUGCGCUUCGGCUGGCGCCCCCUCUCCCGCCGCCAGGGCGCGGGCGGCCUGUCGCGACAGCGGCGGUGCAUUGUGGGGCUUGUAGUGCGGGCUGCGCUUGGGUGGGUGGCUGGGUGGGCGCGGCCGCGGCACUCGCUGCGGGGCCAUCUUCGGUGGGCCGGCUGGCUCGGCCUGUGCAGCUUGCACCCGCGCCCUGCGCCCGGCCCGAUGGCGCCUCGGCCGCUGAGCCCCUUGGUGCUGGCGCUGGGCGGCGCCGCGGCCGUGCUGGGCUCGGUGCUCUUCAUCCUCUGGAAGGCCUACUUCGGCCGCGGAAGCGAGCGGCGCUGGGACCGGGGCGAGGCCUGGUGGGGCGCGGAGCCUGCCCGCCUCCCCGAGUGGGACGAGUGGGACCCCGAGGACGAGGAGGACGAGGAGCCGGCGCUGGAGGAGUUGGAGCAGCGCGAGGUGCUGGUGCUGGGGCUGGAUGGCUCCGGGAAAAGCACGUUCCUGCGCGUGCUGUCUGGGAAGCCACCGCUGGAAGGCCACAUCCCCACCUGGGGCUUCAACUCCGUGCGGUUGCCCACCAAGGACUUCGAGGUGGACCUGCUAGAGAUCGGUGGCAGCCAGAACCUGCGCUUCUACUGGAAGGAGUUUGUGAAUGAAGUGGACGUGCUGGUGUUCAUGGUGGACUCGGCUGACCGGCUGCGGCUGCCCUGGGCCAGGCAGGAGCUGCACAAGCUGCUAGACAAGGACCCUGACCUGCCUGUCGUCGUGGUGGCCAACAAGCAGGACCUGAGUGAGGCCAUGAGUAUGGUGGAGCUGCAGCAGGAGCUGGGCCUGCAGGCUAUCAAUAGCCAGAGGGAGGUUUUCCUCGUGGCAGCCAGCAUUGCUCCUGCGGGACCCGGCUUUGAAGACCCUGGCAGCGUGCAAAUCUGGAAACUGCUCUUGGAGCUUCUCUCCUAGGCUGGUGCCCACCUGCUCACUGCCUGGCCCUGGAACCCGAGUGCUGCUGCUCCUGCUUCUUCACUGCCAGCCUGGGCCUGGGGCAGGAGUCACGUGGCAGCACGUCCCCUCUCCCCUCCUUGCCCUCUCAAGAGCAGGGCCUGGGCAAGGCCAAGAACCGCACAGAAGCCUUCCUGGUGAGGAGGCAGAGGGCGGGAGAGGAUAGUGCCUGGCUCACUCAGGGCUGGAAGUGGACGUGGCUUUCACCAGUGGCACCCUCCUUCCCUGACCUGUGCUGUGAGAUGCUCGGUGGGCUCAGUUCUCCCCUCCCUGCAGGUCGCGGUGGUUGAGGACCAGGAUAGGCGUCAGAAGUAGUCUUUGCCUAGACAGGUCCCUCCUGGUGACUUCACGCCCCUCUCAUGCAGGCAGGUUCUGAGCAGUAAGCAGCGAGCCCCAGCUCCCAGUCCUGCAUUGUCCUCCAGCCCCAGCUCUGCCCAGCUGGCUCAUGGCCUAGUGCAAUCUCUGCCUCUCUGGCCCCGGGAGAUGAUUUUUUAAAAGGAGGUGAUUUCUGUGUUUUUUUCUAACUUGGAGAUUCAUUUCCCAGCCAUGAAGAUGAGUGCUAGGAUGAACCUGGACAUCCUUUCUGAAACCUCCCUGCCUCCCGCUAAGCCAAAGCCUGACCCGCCAGCCUCUCCUGACCACAGAAGUGGUAUUCACCCCUAGUCAGAACAACUGAGGGCUUUCCCCCGCGAUUUGGAGACAGAAGCUGCUGUUCUUGUACUAACUGUGCCAAUGCCCAUGUUUACAAUAAGUCUGGGGAGGGAAGGAGCCGGUGGCACUGGGAAGAAGACCAUCACCCCGAGCUGGGCAUUGGCCUCAGAAGUGCAUUUUAGUUAUUUAUUUAUUUAUAAAAGGAACAGGCCAGAGUUUUAGGCUCUGUUUCUAGGUGCUGUUAUCAAAACCCCAGAUGACUGUCAUUGAAAAUUUGGAUCUUUUCGGAGACUAGCUGGAAUCAUGAAUGAAAUGGGAUGACCUACAUGUGUCAGUGGAGACAAGGCUCUAGGGUCCCCCACCCUUUGUGGCUGUGAUUAAUGUCAUGAUGCUUCCCCGUGAUCCACAUGAACUUAAAACCCCAGCCCUCGGCCCAGUGUGUCAAAGGGACACAAACCUCUCUGUGUUGGUUACAAAUGACUGGAAGAGGAAAUUUCAAUCAUGUAAAUCCAGGUACAAAGAAAUGGCAGUUAGCACACCAGCCAACGGGCGGUCUGGGGUACGUCACUCAGCCUUUCUAAAGCUGUUGGUUCCCCAGCUAAAGCAAAGUUGGGCAGGAUUGCUGAUGUUCUCUCCAGCGCAUAGUCCCUGAUUCUCCUGUGUCAGCGACCAGCCAGUUUAAGGACUGUCUCUCUAGUGACACUUCUCUUUAGUGCAGGCAAAAGAAGGAGCCUUUUGUUUGUCAGGGGCCACCGAAUAAUCAACAGCUACAAAGGGAGUUUAGAGGAGAUGUCCAGCUCAGUUUGCUUUUUCACUGAGAGCAGAGAUUACGUGCCUUCGUUUCAUUCCACAUUUACUCAGUGUGCUUCAGUUCCAGCUCUGGCUGGUGCGAGAAGAGGCAUAGGGAAGAAAGUGGGGCAGGAAGCUCCCGGAGUCCAGAAGUGAGCGGGAUAAUUGGAAGAGGAGUCUGCUGGGCUCUGAGCUGUGGGUGUAUCAGAAUAGAUUCACUUUCUUUGAAAUUCUCACUUUCUGCAUUAAGUGAUCUGUCUGCUUUUAUUUUAAUUAUUUAAGGAAUGCCUUGGGUUUUAGAGUAGACUGAAAUUUUGCUGACAGCUCUUCAUUUUGCCACUGGAAGGCUGAGAAACUGUCCUGUGUUCUCUGAACCCCACCUUGUUCUCCAGUGCUGGAAAGUUACCUGUGGAAGCAGCAGGGGUGAGGGGACUGUGUUCUUCUAAUUCAGUUCUGCCCUUGGUCUAAUGAGUAUCAUUAUGCAGUACAGUUUUUAACGUCUCCACUUGGGGGAGGUGAACUUGAAUAAAGAGGUUAACUGUGUCUACUCGAGCUACUUUUAAAGACCACUCAGAACCGACAGGUCCCAGUGGCACCCCAGGAGACACACACCGCUGAAGGGCACUGAAGGUCCAGAGUGCCACCACUCUGAUACUUGGACAGAAUACGGACAUUCUACUGGUCUGCAGGUUUGCCCCACCACAUGUGUGGCUGACAGCUGCACUCCUCCGGUGGGGCUGCUGGCCUUUCCUCCAGGCAGAGUGCCAAACAGUGCUCAUCUGCUCUGGUUUCUACCAGGCCCAGGCUGGGCGAAGUGGGGGAACAGCCUUUCUUAAAAACAGCUAACUGCCUGGCCUUGUGGUGCUCUUACCCAGUUGCUGCUGAAUGUGACUUUCUGAUUCAGGAGCCCAGAUAACUGCCUUUGGGAACCAGCGGUGACCUGGAGCUCUUCACCUCAAAGCGAGGUUCCUGAGGUAGCCUGGGGUGACCCUGUUUUCCCCCACUGCCCUGACUCUACAGCUCCAACCUACCUGAGCUUGGGAACGGGCAGUGUUGUCUGGGCAGCUCUCAUAUUCUAAUGAAGAAGGCAGAGGGAAGGCUCUGGAUCUGAGAGCAGGUGGGCAUCGCAGUGCCCACUCUUCUCGUGGGAGGGAAGCCUCUGCUGCUUCUUGCCUGUUGAACCUAUGCCUGGAUCACUCGCCCUGGCACUGAGGCCUUCUGUUCUUACGAGUUAUUUAAAUGAAACCAUGGCUUCUGAUUUCCCAUUCUCCGGCCUGUUGCCAAACCUUUGAGGAGAGGCCAGCCUGGCCCAGAGCUUGGACAUGUGGAUGGUCUGGGCAAGAGGGCUGUUGAGGCUGCUGGGACCACCUUGGACUGGCUGCUGAUCCUAGGAAGCCUCCUCUGGCACCUCUUAGUGCCCGGAGCUGCUCGUCGUAAGCUUGCACUAACGCAGUGCUAGCCAGCUGUGAGGACUGGGGAGUGGGGGAAGUCGGUCCCUCACGGCCUCUCGGUCCUCCAGAGAGCUGCGGAUGAAAAUCUCAUGACUCUGGCCCACCUGCCUAAAUGAAACACCAGAUUGUCCAAAAAACAUUUCCACUUGCCUUUGGAAAACAUGCUCUUAUGCCAGUGUAGUAGCAACUGCCAGCAUUUCUAACCAGCUGCUGAAACGCUCCAUCCUUGCACAGCUGCCCCAGACCUCAGACGUGGGAUAGUCUGAGCAGCCUGCCUCGCGUCUGCUGUCUGCUCACACAUCCUCAGGUCCUGUCCAGUAGCUAUGAAAAGGAGAACCUCCAGCUUUUCCUCGUCUGCUGCCUUCAGGAGAUGGGCCCAUUCAGGGACAAGGUGAGGAUUCCCAUCAGAUCUGGAAGUAAAGGGGGCUUGCGGUCCCAGCCCGUGCCCUGCAGACCCAGGCCCACAGGGUCGCCAAGGACAAAGGGCACAAAAUGGAGUAUUGGCAGUUGUUUGAGGUACACAAUAAAUGCCAAAAUAAAUGCUCGGA